AUGUUUAAAUCCCUGACAAUAAGAUUCAACAAGGUGAAGCCUAGUGACGGGAGCGAUGAGAAUAAACAAGGUUCUGAUCCAAGCAGCGAGUCACAGCAACCCACGAGACAGGGAGAAAACAAAACUGAAAAGAAAUCUCUCAAAACCAAGAUGCCUCUAGUUUCAGCUGAAGAGUCAUACACCAAAAUUCAAGAUAAAAUCUGUGAGAAAAAUACACUUGAAGACAAGACCACAAACCCUGACUCUAAAAAUCCAGCAGAAUCAACUGGAACAAAGCCAGAGCAGAAGGAAAUGGGGAAUGGGAACGAAGGCCUGGUCAGCAAACCACUUGGAGCCCCUGUUAUUAAUGAGUAUGCCGAUGCCCAGCUACACAACCUAGUGAGGAGAUUGCAUCAAAGAACAGAUUUCUACAAGAGAAAGUUGGUGGAAGGUGAUAUGUCCUCACCUGAAGGCAGCCCCCAAACUGCAAAGCCCACAGUUGUAUCAUCAACACAAGAAAGCAGUGCUAAGCUAAAAGAAGAACAUUAUCAGAAGGUGCCUCUAACAGAGUACCUAAAGCGAAUCAGACUUCCAAAAAGCAUAGAUUCAUACACAGAUCGAUUCUAUCUCCUGUGGCUCUUGCUUGUCACCAUUGCCUUUAACUGGAACUGCUGGCUUAUACCGCUGCGCAUCAUCUUCCCAUAUCAAACACCAAACAACGCACGCUACUGGCUUAUUACGGACAUCAUAUGUGAUACCAUCUACCUUUUCGAUUUGCUGUUAAUCCAGCCCAGACUCCAGUUUAUUAGAAGAGGAGACAUAAUAGUGGAUUCAAAUGAACUAAAGAGACACUACAGGAGUUCUACGAAAUUUCAGUUGGAUGUGGCAUCAAUAAUGCCAUUUGAUGUUUUCUACCUCUUCUUUGGGUUUAAUCCAAUAUUUAGGACAAAUAGGAUGUUAAAGUACACUUCAUUUUUUGAGUUUAAUCAUCACCUAGAGUCUAUAAUGAACAAGGCAUAUAUCUACAGAGGCAUUCGAACAACUGGAUACUUGCUCUUUACUCUGCACAUUAAUGCCUGUAUGUAUUAUUGGGCUUCAAACUAUGAAGGAAUUGGAACUACCAGAUGGGUGUAUGAUGGUGAAGGAAACAAGUAUCUGAGAUGUUAUUAUUGGGCAGUUCGAACUUUAAUUACCAUUGGGGGCCUUCCAGAACCACAAACUUCAUUUGAAAUUGUUUUUCAACUGUUGAAUUUUUUUUCUGGAGUUUUUGUGUUCUCCAGCUUAAUUGGUCAGAUGCAAGAUGUAAUUGGGGCAGCUACAGCCAAUCAGAACAACUUCCGCACCUGCAUGGAUCAUACCAUUGCCUACAUGAACACUUAUUCCAUUCCUAAGAUUGUGCAGAAUCGGGUCAGGACUUGGUAUGAAUAUACAUGGGACUCUCAAAGAAUGCUAGAUGAAUCCGACCUACUUGAGACACUGCCAACUACAAUGCAGUUAGCCCUCACCACUGAUGUGAACUUCAGCAUCAUCAGCAAAGUCGACUUGUUCAAGGGAGAAAUUGGCAAGGAAAUGUAUAUCAUUAAGCAAGGAGAAGUCCAAGUUCUUGGAGGACCUGAUGGCACUCAAGUUCUGGUUACUCUGAAAGCUGGAGCAGUGUUUGGAGAAAUCAGCCUUCUAGCAGCAAGAGGAGGAAACCGUAGAACUGCCAACGUGGUGGCCCAUGGCUUUGCCAAUCUUUUAACUCUGGACAAAAGGACCCUCCAAGAAAUUCUAGUGCAUUAUCCAGAUUCUGAAAAGCUCCUCAUGAAGAAAGCCAGAGUGCUUCUAAAGAACAAGGCUCCAGGCACAGAGACAACUCGUCCAAAUAAAGGACUUGCCUUUCUCUUCCCACCAAAACAAGAGACGCCCAAAAAGUUUAAAGCUCUCCUGGGAGGCUCAGGAAAAGCAGGUCUUGCAAGACUACUCACACUGAAGAGAGAACAAACCGUUCUGAAAAAAAGUGAAAACUCUGAAGGAGAAGAGGAUAAAGGAAAAAAAUAUGAAGAUAAAGGAAGACAGCCAGCAGAGAAACCACUUGAAACAUCCAAAUGUCGAACAAGUUCUAUUACAGCAGAGGAAGCGCACCAGUCAAUUAGAAGGGCAGUUUUACCCAGAGGAACUACCCAUCAAUCACUCAUCAUCAGCAUGGCUCCUUCUGCGGAGGCUGGGGAAGAGGUUCUGAUGAUUGAAGUCAAAGAAAAGGCUAAGCCAUAA